UCGGGAACUGCCGUUUGACGCCCAGCCCCCUAAAAAUUUAGAUCAGACUGACCAAGGCUUCACUCACGUAUCUCUGAUGAAUAGCCGAGCCGUUGGAUUGACUGAAGACAUCUACUAUCAAAUUAUAGAGCAGCUCGCCCCAUUGUCGUCUGAUUCUCUUGUGUCUGUCAGUCUGGUCAACCGUGCAUUUUAUAGGAUCACUACUGUCAUCUGGUUCCGAAUCAUUGAAGUCGGUUAUUGGGAGGUGUCGUUGGCGUAUGAACUCGGCCGUCUUCAGCGAUUAGAAGAGAAUCCAUCACUCCUUUCACACGUCCGCAAAGUAGUCAUUAAUGAACCCCCCUGAUGGGGGGGAAAAAGUCAGAAGAGGGAGGGGUGGAAAUUGUAAGAAAGAUUCUGGAUCUACUUCCCCGCAUGAUGCAUCUGACGGACCUUCGCUCUUAUAUCCCUUUGACGAUAUUUUCACUUAAUCGCAGCUAUGUGCUCGAGGAGGGGCAAGGGCUUUCUUCCCUUCGGAAGCUUUUUUUCAACCGUAUUGACGAUGAUGGAUCAUGGCGUCAUAGCAUUCCAUGGCAUAAUCUUACAGACAUACAUUUCUCAUACUUUCCCAACAUUCUCCUAGAUGUCGUUGGUGAAAUGCGAAACCUUCGUUCCAUCAAGCUGAUGGGUGACACCCCCCAUAUCGAGAUCGAUUCGGGAGUCAACAAACACAUUGCUGAGUUCCUUCGCAAGGUCCCUUCGGACCUAGAGGCGCUCCAUCUGGAAGAGCUCACUGCCGAUAUCCCUGUCUCUAUCUUUACCCACUCACUCAAGAGGCUCAGACUCCAUAGCCAUGGACAUUUUCAUAGCCCUGGAACGCGAUCGGUUAUUUCUGCCCAGCAGCUAGAUGAAAUGUGUGUCAGUUGUCCCCUCCUGGAAGAGCUCGAAAUUGACAUUAAUCGCGAUGGAGAAUGGCCACACGUUAUCCUAGACAAGGUGGCGAAAUUUCCCUGCCUAAAGAAGCUCGCUCUAUCCCUCGAGUGUCCAGCUCUACAAAUAUAUAGCCUCACAACGAACGUCCAGUCCUCUUGCCGAGCUCAUCAUCCGAGCCGCACCAAACUUUUAUCAACACCGUCCUUUGUUUGGCAUGCACCCCCGAAUGGAACGUCACCUGGGUUCCUACAAAGUUGCGCCUUGUUGGCGACUCAAGGACGCCCAUGUCAGGGGCCUAGUUGAUGUCUGGUGGGAGGAAUGGGACUGUCAUGGGGACCCUGGGACUUUCUAUGGACCUGUAGGUGGGAAUACCGAAGAUGACAAGGUGAUUGCGAGGCUUCAUGAAGAGUUUUGCGAAGGGCUUGGCCCAGAGCAGCAUCCGGAUCACCGGAUCUAGUGACAGCGGCCCUAGUGCGAUGGUGCUCUAGAAAGCACUGGAUCCACGGUAGGCGGUGUUGUUGCGGCAGCUAGACGCCACACAAGGACAAGGGGGGCGUGGCCGCAGGCAAAGCGUUGCCG